GUAUAAAAGUUGGAAUAAUUUCGUAGGUUUUAUCAGAAUAAACUCAAAGCGUUCAUUGAACAGCUGUGAUCUCUCUUUUUUUUCUCCCUUUUUCUAACAAAUUUACCCAAAACCACAAAUCAACAUGAAGUUCGCCAUCUCUGCCGUAGUCAUGUUGGCUCUUGCCAUGGGUGUCCAAUCCUCCCUUUAUGGUGGUCUUCACGGUCUCGGUCUGGGACUUGGACACGGAUACGUUUCAGCUGUUGCGCAUCCAGGGCCAUUGCUAGCACAAGGACCUGCUUUAUUGGGUGCGCAUGGUUUAGGUUUAGGCCAUCUUGGUCUACCAGCUGCGCAUAUCCCAGCUGCCGUUGCUAUUGCUCCAUCACAUGCCGCCAUCUCACAUCAUGCAGCUAUUGCUCCUAUUCCAGUGCAUGGUGCCACUUAUGUAGCCAAGACUCGUGGGGCAGUGCAUACAGCCCCAUUGCCAGGACAUAUUAAUUCGGCUGCUUCAGUCAAUGUUGCCCCAGCUCCAGGAACCUGGUAGAUUGAUUGACAGCAGAGAUUCGCCGAAAAGACAUAUGAAGACAUCAACGCCCACCUCUCAUCUUAGCCAUCCGAGCCAUUAUAAUGAUAAGAACACUCUCACUCACUCUCCUCUUUCGUCAACGUCCUUUCCUCGUACAAACACACUUAGACACACCACUUGCCUCAAUUUUAUCUAUUUAUGUAUACUUGUAUCUACCUAUUUUUUGUUUUGUCCUUUAUUUUUAUAUUUUCACCUUUUUUUUUUGUUUCAACUUUCCACCUCUUUUAGUAUUUUUUUCACAUUUAUAUUAAGUUUUUGCAACAAUUAUAAGAUUGACUCAAAUGUA